GUGGGAUAUGAUCUUACAUCGGAUCGCUCCUUCCUCGUCCCAAAAUACAUACGCUCAUGUUCUAACCAUUUCCAAAGGCCUGCAACGGCCCGGCAAACGGACCGACAAGUGGAAUCAGCCCAUAAGACACUUCACCUGACGGAGCGGGCAGGAGCAAACGGCACAAAAGCACCCAACAACGCAAGAGAGCUGACCUGUCUUGUGCUCGCGGCCCUUCCACCUUCUCCCAUCACCUCACAUCUCCUCCUCCUCCUCUUCUUUUUCUAGUCGUCCACGGCCAACACCACGACUAGACGAGCAAAAUGCUACCCCUCCCGCUGAAGAGCGAGUACCUUGAGUACAAGAAGGACACCGACGCAGUGGCAGCAUGGCUUGCCUCGACAGCAAAGAAAUGCGGGUUCCCUGCCGACCAACUCAAGUCGGGUUCCUGGGACACCUCGGACGCUUCGUCACUCUCCGCAAAGUCCUCCAGUAGCGGCCGGAAGAAGGGCAAGGCGCGCAAAGCUGCUAGCGCAGCCGUCCAAGCCACGAAGAAGGCCAUUCACGGUGUCUCCAAGUACAUUGUGGCCAUAUCGGAUUAUCCCAAGUUGGCAAAGCACAUUGCCGACACCGCGGACCCGGCCAUUGCCGUUCCCGAUAACUUUGUGGCCACCAUCAAUCGUGUCAUCUCCAAUCGCUCCGGCUUCGGUGAACGUUUGGCCGAGCAUGGUGUUGGACCGGACACCAAAGGCGAUUUGAAGCAUCGCCACUUUGUUGAGGUCCUGAAGAAGGUCCGAGAAGCCCUCCUCCCUCGCAUGUCUAGCAAAGCCUCCACUUCAACGAAGGUCAAGGCUGCUAAGUCGGAUGAAAUCAGCAACAGAUUUGCUGGCUUGGCCGUCCAAGAGCCCUCGCAGGCCUUCCUGGAUGCUCCUGAUGUUGAGAGACCCGCCCAGCCGACAGAAGACAAGACCAUCUACGAAGCUGAGACACUCGCUGAGCUCGAAGAUGUUUUGUUCACUUAUACCAUCAUGAUGAACGACCUUGCCCGCAUCCGGGCCACCAUCCGCUGGAUAUGGGAGAACUACCAGAAGGGCCUCUUCGACCUUGCAGCGGCAGCUGUUGCUACCGACACCGCUCUCGCUUUGGCCCGCGGCAUCAUUGACGAGGCCGAGCCCAGCUUCAAGAACUUUGAGGGGGCUACCUGGGGUGUGCAACACAAGUUCUUCCUCGCUUGUUGUCUUCGCAAGGGCUACAACAUCAACAGCGUCUUCUCUGACGAUGCGUCGGAUAACUUCAACUACAACAUGUAUGAUCUUGCUGAUGAGUGCUUCAUCAACGCCCAUCGCUGUCUGCUUUCUUUCCUCGACGUUCUCUCGCCAGACCAUUUGCCCAUUAUCAGGGAAGGCGUCAUGGGCCACUAUGAUCCCACCAAAAACCGGGAUAACCUGCCUGGACACGCAAAGUUCAAGGAAGAUCAGAUCCUCCUCAUGGAGUUUCUGAGCGAGCUAACGGUUGUUACCCGCAUGAUUCCCAGCUAUCCCGUCGAGGACGAAUUCAUGCGCGGAGUGCGAGAGAUGGACAGGACAGGCAAAAUUUCAUUCUCACUGGUCUUUGCCUCCCAGACCUUCCUUGACAUUCAUCACCUGCUCAGAGCCGAUGUUUCGCAAGGAUCCAAGUUCAUGCAAAACGAGAUAAAGCACCUCAGUCAAACCCUCAAGGAUCACCUCGACUACCACAAGAAGAGCAAGUUGCGGAUCAAGAACUGGCCCGAACGCAUGGAUGACAUGCUGCGGUUGGUGAUCAAGCAAGGGCAGGAGAUUGUGGCAGACCCCGUCUACCAGUGCAAGGUUAGCUACUAUCGCCGAAACAAGAUACCGAUUGCAUCGUCUAUGAGGCCGAACCGAAUCCUGGACUACUCUCCAGUCCUUGCCGGCCUUAACCUGCUCAGUUACCGAGGGGAUAUGUACUCCAUUGGCUUCGACGCUGCAAACGCUUGGGGAUCCAUCCAGUACACCACCCAUCUCUACUCUGCGCUCCAGAACGAGAAGCUGGUUGAUCCUCACUUUUGGCCAGACUUGGAAAUGGCCCAGGCCCUUCUCCCUGAUUCCAGCUUCUUUCCUGGAGGAAUCGCCCCGAAGACUCGCAAGAAGUACCUUGAGACCUUCGUACUCCAGAUGGGGGCCGCUGGGGUCCCGCGUGGUCUCAAGAAAGGCCUACCAGUUUCAUCCAUCUUUGUGGAGAAGUAUCUGAAGCGCACCGAGGUUCCCUGGACGCCCGAGAAUAUCCACGACAUUGUGUCCCGUAGCGGGUUCGAGGCUAAGGGCGAACUGGGCAAAGGAAACUUGCUCAUGUGGCAGAUCGAUGAAGAGGACCAGAAGGUUAUUGAGAAGAAACGUACGUUGGAGGCCAAAGGCAAGAAGCGCGAGGAGUACCUGCGACCGGAUGAACUUAUUCAGGCGGCAGUUAUGGCUCUCCACGCGGAAGUUACGGAGAUGUCGUUCCCUUGGUUGACACUCCACAAGUCAUGUUGGGAGAUGAUGAAGCUGGUUAAGGAGAAGAACCAUCAACGUCUAUCGCAGAUCUUCGGCAGCGGCUACCUCAAUGACAAGAGUCAAAUGCCGUUUGUGAUUGGGUACAUCUUCAUGACCACGUGCGGUGAGUGUCCCGGCCAUCUGAGGACCAUGGACCUCAUGGAGCAGGCCGCGGACGCCGUCAAGGAAUAUGUUACACGGGGUUCGGGAGAUCUGUGCUUGAAGCUGUUUGCGGAGAUGGGACACCCUGUCCAGUUCGUCAACGAGGAUGAGCUUUUGGAGAAUAGUGUCUAGAGAAGGGGAAACCCCCAUUGUAAGAGCCAUGCCACAUAGAGAUGGGAGAUAUGUAGCAAAGCAUGAUUCUUAUAUAAGGGGAUCAAAUUUCGGAAGAUUUGUAGAGCUAGACGGAAGUAGCAAGUUCAUAGCUGACUCUUCGUCGUUAGUGACCAUAGUCAUUCAAUUAUGACGAACCAUGGUUUCUGCUUCCAACGCUGAUUGCCUG